UUAAACGAACCAGGAAAUAAAGUUCUCUUUGACAUAUUCAUACUUAGACUUUUCGAAUCAUUCCUGAAAAUGAAGUCAUGGGCUCUGCUGCUGUUGCUGGCUGUUGGCGGCGUGGUUAGUGCCGAGGACGCAAAGGAACCAUCAACCGUCAAGGACACGAUUGUGAUACAAACGAAGCUCCAAAACUAUGAAAAGCCCUCGCUGCGCGACUACAAGGAGUGUCAAUCGAAUCGACAGAGCUGCUUGGAUAUCUGCGCUGGCAGUGAAAAGUGCGAGCUAGAGUGCCCCCUCUGCCCGGAGCUGACGGAAGAGCCACUCCUAGUACACGGCAUCAAUGAUACCAGCUACGUGGCACCUGCUCAACCCCCGCUGAAUACCACCAACAUCAUCAAGCUAACGAAUGAGAUCACAAACAUUAUCAAGAACGAUAUCAAGGGUCGGAAUGAGAUAAAUGUCCAGGUGCAUCAGAAUGUGUCCACGGUGGGCGGCCGGUUCGGUCUUGGCUACAAUGAGCAGGGCUCCUGCUGCUAUGUGGUGCAACGUGACCGCAGUUGUGAGCACCUGGAGCACUGCCAGGAGCGCUCACGACAUCGCGUCUGUGGCGCACGAUGCCGUGCGCGAGUGAUGCAUGCCAAACGCGUGCUGCAAUGCGAGCAGGACCAGCCAGAAGAGUGCCACGAGACGGUGCAGUAUGUGCCCAUGCAGCGGCGCAAGUCGAUAAAACGCACCAGUUUCCCAUUUUUGCCCAACAACCAGCCACAAACACAAUCCCAAGGAUGUUACUACACAAACUCCUGUGGUCAGAAUAUUAACAGCGCGCGACCGAGACUCGACAACUGUCUGAAAUGUCAGAAUCUGGCCUAUGGCUAUGUCCUGCAGAGUGGCAUCCCACUAGAGUGCAUGGGUUGCUUUCCAAGCUAUAUGUCACAGGCUGUGCUGAUGCCACAGCCUGUGAUCUACCCACACUAUUUCGGUCCCAUUUUUGACUACAAUUAUCGGCCACAGCGUGAAUCACAACCUGACGAAGAAGAUCAAUACACAUAUCCGCAGCAGGAGCAGGAUUGGGAACACGAUGAUCAGGAUAUUGAAGAUGGAGACAGAGACAGUGGCUGGGUUCUGAAGUCAGAGAAAUGCAUGGAUCCUAGUGGAGAAUUGGUGAACUGUAAGGAUGGCCAAUUGCCCCCAGCACACUUAGAGCGGAACAAUUAUCCUGACUACAAUGUAGCUGCCCAACGCCGACGACGCCGUCAUGGCAAGUUUAUUCGUUCCCUUUACAGUCGUCGUGCCUAACAGGAGGUCACAAAG